CGCUGCAGCAAACGAGACAUAAACAAAGCGGCUCUCGCUUCAAUUUAGCAAAAACUAGUGAAAAAUUUAUAAUAAAUUGUGAAAAAGUGUCGAAAAUAUGCGCAAAAGAUAUAAAAACUUCGUUAAGCAAUAGAAAUACGAAAAAGUGCUGUGAAAAAUGGAGAAAACAAUCGCAAUUACAACCGGCGUGUCUUCGCUGUCUACACAAUCAGUAGGGGGAGCGCCUGCUAGCACAGCGGUAACGUCGGCAUCGGCUGUAGUUGGCGGUAGCAGUGUCGCUGGCACCGGCAGCGUCUUCCUCCAACACCAGCAACCAUUGGCAAAGAGCAAUAAUAUUAGUGGCAGCAACAAUAACAAUGGCCAUAAUACGAACACUAAUAGUAGCUCAACACCCACGGUGACAAGCAGCAGCAGCACGGGCACCAACACGGAAGCAAUCGAAUGUGUAACGCUGAUAAGCGAUGAUUCGGAUGUGGAGGAAAUGUCGCCAAAGCGUAAGGCUGCUCCGACGAGCGUUGGUGGCAGUGGAACGCCUAGCAAAAUUAAGUACGAUGAUGACUCCAACGAUGCACAAGGCGGCGCUGCGGGCGAUGAGCGUCGCACCAGCAGGCGAAACAAACCAAAGGUUGAUUACUACAACAAGCCAACUGGUGGCAAUACGGACUCUGGUGAUAAACCGAGCACUCCUUCGAGCUCAUCUGCCACUGGUGGUGUUGAAAGGCGUUCAGAAAGCAGCAAAACGCGCAAAACAGAAACAACGCGCAGUCCAUUUCCCAAGGAAAUCACAGAUCCCCGUGAGGCAGCAGCUGCCGCUGCAGAAGCUUAUAAAGAAAUCCUGACAGGUUUAGAAGGUGCAGCAUUUCAGUCCCGUCUACCAUUCGAUAAGAUGACAUCAAAUGAGGCCGCCUGUUUUCCUGACAUCACCAAGACCGGCUUGGUGGCACAACGUGUUUUUCUGAACAUACGCAACCGCCUUUUGCAAAUGUGGAUCGAGAAUCCAAAGCAGCAGCUUAUUGUAGAAAACGCUAUAAAAGAUAUGGAGCCACCAUUCGACAGCGAUCCGAACCUGGUGAAGCGCGUACACUCGUUCUUGGAGCGGCAUGGUUUUAUUAACUUUGGUAUUUUUAAACGUUUGCGCCCCAUACCUACCAAGAAGUUGGGCAAAGUUAUAGUAAUUGGAGCAGGCAUCUCAGGGUUAGCGGCUGCUCAGCAGCUACAGCAAUUCGGCAUGGAUGUCAUUGUGUUAGAAGCGCGUGAUCGGGUUGGUGGACGUAUUGCUACUUUUCGCAAGAAUAACUAUAUUGCUGAUUUGGGCGCUAUGGUAGUAACUGGUGUUUGGGGCAAUCCAAUGACUAUACUUAGCAAACAAAUCGGCAUGGAGAUGGUGCCAAUUAGGCAAGCAUGCCCGCUGUAUGGAGCUUGCGGAAAACCUGUGCCCAAGCAUAAAGACGAUAUGGUUGAGCGUGAAUUCAAUCGACUUCUUGAGUCCGCCAGUUAUCUGUCUCAUCAGCUAGAUUUUAACUAUGCCAACGAUGACCCUAUAUCAUUGGGUCGUGCACUUGAAUGGAUCAUUAAGUUGCAAGAGAAGGCGGUAAAAGAAAAGCACGUGCAACACCUGACGAUGCUCGCCGAAGCACAACGUGCGGUCAUCGCAUGCCAGACCCAUGUUUCAGAAUUAUUAGCCAAAAUACAAAAGUACAAGGAUACACAUGCAAAACUUAUAAAAUCACGUCCACAACGCAGUGGAGAUGGUGAUGCGCUAUGGGUCGAACAUGAGUUUGAAAUACGUUCCACUCAUUUUGAGUGGACCAAAGCUUGUAAGGAGUAUGAUGAACUUAUCAAAGAAGAAGAGGUACUGCAAGCUAAAUUGAAGGAAAUUGAGAGCAGCCCUCCUAGUGAUGUAUACCUCUCCUCUAAGGAUCGUCAAAUACUCGACUGGCACUUUGCGAAUCUGGAAUUCGCCAAUGCGACACCACUCAGUAAUCUAUCCCUUAAGCAUUGGGAUCAAGAUGAUGAUUUCGAGUUUAUCGGCAAUCACACAACAGUACGCAAUGGUUACUCUUGCGUACCAAUAGCUUUGACAGAAGGUUUAGAUAUACGCGUAAAUACCGCCGUAAAGACGAUCAAAUAUUUCCCUACUGGCGUGGAAAUUGUAACUGAAAACUUGAAGACAAACAAUUCUUCCGUUACAUACAAGGCAGACAUCGCGCUCUGCACCCUAACGCUAGGUGUGCUAAAGAUAGCCACCACCAAAGUGCAAUCACAACAAGUAAAUACCGUAAAGUUUGAGCCGCCAUUACCCGAUUGGAAGCAAUCAGCUAUACAGCGAUUAGGUUUUGGCAAUUUGAAUAAAGUUGUGCUCUGCUUCGACCGCAUCUUCUGGGAUCCGAAUACAAAUUUGUUUGGUCAUGUAGGCAGCACAACUGCUAGUCGCGGUGAACUCUUUCUUUUCUGGAGCAUUUCGCAAUCGCCGGUGUUGCUCGCCUUGGUAGCUGGUCAAUCGGCCGCUAUAAUGGAGAAUGUAUCGGACGAUGUUAUCGUCGGUCGCUGCAUUGCUGUGUUGAAAGGCAUUUUCGGCAAUGGUUCCGUACCUCAGCCCAAAGAAACUGUGGUUACGCGUUGGCGAGCAGAUGCCUGGGCACGUGGCUCCUAUAGCUUUGUAUCGGUUGGGUCCUCUGGUAGUGAUUAUGAUUUGCUCGCUUCACCAGUCAUACCACCGAAUCCGGCAAACACGAAUGCCAAUCAGGAGCAAGACGAACUUCCACGUUUAUUCUUCGCAGGCGAGCACACCAUACGCAACUAUCCCGCCACAGUGCAUGGUGCCUUCUUGAGUGGACUUCGUGAAGCGGGUCGCAUUGCAGACUAUUAUUUGGGUUACCCAGAGGGCACACCCCCCGACAUCGGUUACUCAGUUGUUGAAGCGGCCAAUACAGCAUCUGUGGGUGGCAAUGUGGAUAUUGUUGAUAUAGCCCAUUCAACAGACUCAUCCUCAAAGACUUCUGAAGAGAAAUCGAACACUGCCGACUCUAAUGAAUAAAACUAUUGUAAUAAGAAAGCAUUAGCAAUGUAAAUGUGUGUCUGCGUGCGACCGUGCGAAAUAGCUCAUUUUUGCUAACCUACAUUCAUUACGCAGCUUGAUUUUUUACAUCAGUAUCAUAUGUGUAUUGUAUGUCUUUUAUUAUAGUUAUAGUUAUAUUUUAACGCAUUAAUUUAAACCAUUGAAUACAUAGUUAGUAUCACCCACGCACGGUUUGUGGGAAGUCAAUUUUUAUACAAUUAACUAUGAAUUAAAGGUAAAUGAUAUACUA